AUGCCUGAAACAUCAUCUGCAUUAGGUCUGUCAACACCACAGAUGCAAGUGCGGACCUGCAACCUGUGUCGUCAGCGCAGAGUCAAGUGCGACCGCCAGCUCCCACGGUGCUCCAACUGCCUGCGGUCCGAAGGCAACUGUGUCUACCCACCCGGCCGGGGCAGGGCGCCCAAGAGACCAAGACACGGCGUAGAUCCCCAGCUCUCUGAACGUCUCUGUCGCCUCGAGAGUAUCAUCAACCAAUUCGGCGCAGCUGCACAGGAGAAUCACCAGGCUCAAGAAACCUCUCGCGCUCGGGGAGCGAGCGAGACCCAUCCAUUCGAUGUAGACUUCAGUCGUCUCAAAGUUGAUGAAUCGAAAAGCUACUACGUGAACAAUGCCCUUUGGGUCACAUUGUCCAAUGAGGUUGAGGAACUCCGUGACCUCUUAUUUGAGCCCGCAAGCGAAGAUGGCGUUCACGAUCCGGCGCCGUCAACGUAUUCCGGCCAUUCUUCAUCCACCACCACCACUACUACCCCCAGCUGUCACUCCUCGCAGCUGGGGCUGAAUGCCGCUAUCUUUGGCUAUCGAGCCAUUGCCUCCUCCCUCCAGCAUCUCCACCCUUCAUUGCCUCAGGCUGUCACUCUUUUCGCCGCAUUCACGGAGAAUGUUGCGCCACUAGUCCGCAUCUUCCACAUGCCUACGUUGACACACGUCUACUGGGACGCCAUUGCUUCACUUGACUCUCUUGAUAAGCAUACCGAGACCCUCAUCUUUGCUAUUCACUACUCGGCUGUGGUUAGUCUUACCCCGGAACAGUGUCUCAGCAUUCUCCAUGAGACGCGUGAAGCUGCCCUGGAGAGGUACCGGUUGGCCGUGCAACAAGCACUCGCUCGUGGCAACCUGCUCAACACCCAGAGCAUGACGGUGCUACAGGCUGCAGUGCUCUUCUUAUCUGCAUUGCCUAACGAGGACGACUCGCGCGCCGCGUGGUCGCUGACAUCACUCAUCUACCACAUUGCACGAACCAUGGGUCUGCACCGUGACGGGACGGUAUUCGGGCUCAAACCCUUCGAGACGGAGUUGCGUCGACGCCUGUGGUGGCAGAUCUGCAUCAUCGAUAGCCGCUCGUCCGAGUAUCACUGCAACGAGCCUAUCGCGCAGGGCUUUGCCAUGGAUACCAAGCCACCCCUCCACAUUAACGACGUUGACUUGUCGCCCGAGAUGGUAGAGCCUCCAGCUGAGCGAUGGGACCAUGCAACAGAUAUGACACUUUCCUUGAUUCGGUGCGAAGCCAUACAGACAGCUUGGAAGCUAGGACUUGUAAAGCAGAAGCAGCCUAGACGGCCGGGUAGUAGCAAUGCUCCAGCAGCAGAUGACUCCGGAGAACCUGCUAAAAAAUGUCGGGUCUUGAUCCAGAACCUGGAAGCGAGCUUACGCGGCAAAUAUCUGCCCAUCUGCGACACCUCUGUGCCAUUCCAGCUCCUGUCUUCAGCGGUAGCCCGCAUUAUCCUGGCACGUUUCUGGCUCACAACACAAUAUUCCGUGGCGUCACGCGAGUAUCAAGCAGAAAACAUGAAAAACAAGAGCCGCUUAUUCCCUGGAACCCCUGCGAGCGCCGGCCAGUUAGAGAACAACAUGCGCGACGACCUCUUCCGAACUUCCAUCGAGAUACUAGAAGUAUCGGGCAUGCUUCUAACAAAUAGAGACAUCAUGAAAUGGACGUGGUACUCAACGACACACAUCCAAUGGGGUGCGAUGGCAUUUGUACUUUCUGAAUUAUGCGCCCGGCCUCAAUCUCCCGAGUGCGAUCGCGCGUGGGACUGCGUGACGACCGUGUACGACGGGUGGAAAGGCAGCGGAGAUCAAGAAGACGAGAGCCGCCUCGCCCUCUGGCGACCUAUCAGGCGGCUCAUGGCCAAGGUCCGCUAUGUGAGAGAAAUACAACGGACGGAUCGGGGAUGGCCGGUACAGGCUGACCGGAGGGCUCAGCGCCAUGACCCUAUCCCGUGCCCGCCCGCCGCAGGAUUUCUCUCGCAUUAUCCUGAGACGACGCACACCAGUGCUUGGCCUACACCGCCACAUCGGACAACUAUGCCAACGUCUGAGCCCUCACUGUCUGGGUUUUCCUCGGUUCCGUAUAGCAAGGAGACUUCAGGUGCUCUCCAGGGAGUUCUUGGCACCGAAACGCUGAGCCCCUUCAUAGACUUCCUCCCAGACUGGUCCUGGGUAGAUGAUGAUGGUGAUACCGCGUCAUCAUUUUCUGGCGUUGAUCUUGGGCUCCCUUCGAGGUUAUCUUGA